AAACUAAAGAAUUUUCUAAAUUAAAGAAACUAUGAAUGAGAAAGAACUAGGGUUUGGAUUUCAUUUAAUUCUGAAUUAUGCAACUGUUUCAUUAAUUUAAUUCAAGUUCAAAUAAUAGUGUUAUUGCAUGAGAUGGCGGAUUUCCCUAAAUUAAUUAACUAGCUUUCUCAAGUCAAGCUAAUCCUUCAUUUGUUUGCCAAAUUAAUCAUAUCUCUAUGUAAUUUUAAACAAACUAAUGAGCAUUAAAUUCUAUGGAAACCUCUAGCUUAAGAAGGGGGAGCUACUAACUCUCUUCUCUUCCUCCACUACCACAUGUGAGCUAAUUACCUCUCGGUCUCAUAGUCUAGUAAUUAGCUCACGGUUUAUAUUAUUAUUGGUCUAAUCUACGCAAUUCUUUCUCAAGUUCAUGCGUAAAUCACUAAAUCAAUUGAAAGGUGAUCAGGCUCUCAAUGCAUUAAACUCAAUAAUAUAAACUCAUCAUGCAAAUAACCAAUAUAUCUUGAAUUAAACUAACAAAAACAGUCACAUAUUCCAAAAAUUAAAAUCCAUCCAUCCCUAGUUCAAAGAAAUUUAGCUAUGCAUGAUUAUGUUGUCAACAGCAGUCAUAAUUCGGUAAUUCCAGUAGACAAUCAUGAUAAAAAAUUCAAAUUAAGAAUCAACAACACCCGUCCAAUGAAGAACAAGCCAAGCUUGUGCUGCUGUCCCUCCCUAACAAAGCUGGUUGAGAAGAACAGAGGCUGUCGGCGGUGUUGGCUCUUUCACGAACAGAUUUGGGUGGGCGUUCUCCCUUCUGCUGGUGAACAGAUUUUCGGGGCUUCUUCUCCUUGUUCAGAUGCGAACUGAUUGGUCUUAGCAGCAUAUUAUUGCAUUUAUGAUCUUCAAAUCUUGAUCACUAUUGUUGGAAACAAUUUUCUUAACCUCUAUGAUAAAUGCAAAAUUUGGCA